UAUUAGAGAUAAAAGUCAUGGCAGCUGUUCGAAAGAUAUGCUACUUACAUAAAUGGCAAUUGAUAUGUUAUUUUGGUAGACGACACAGUUCUACAGAUCAGUUUAAAAAAAAUAUAAGGGUUCGUUUUGCACCUAGUCCAACAGGCUCUCUGCAUCUCGGUGGCCUUCGGACAGCCUUGUACAAUUAUUUAUUUGCAAAAUCCCAAAAUGGAACUUUCAUUUUGAGGAUCGAAGAUACAGACCAGACCCGCACAGUAUCCGGGGCUAUAGAAAGGCUUCAGGAUAUGUUACAGUGGACAGGGAUUGUACCCGAUGAAGGUCCAAGUCAAGGUGGAAACUAUGGACCAUAUAUUCAGUCUCAAAGACUGGAGCUCUACCGUGAAAACAUUAAAACCUUGCUUCAGAAUGAGACAUCAUAUUACUGUUUCUGCACACCUUUGCGUCUUGACUUGCUAAGACGAGAUGCUGCUCGAAAUAGGGAAGUACCAGGCUAUGACAACAGGUGUCGACACUUAACAAAAGAUGAAGUGCAAGAGAAGCUGGCAAGGAAAACUCCAUAUGUUAUUCGCCUAAAGCUGGAACCAACCACAGAUCCAUGGGAUGACCUGAUCAAAGGGCCAGUGACAUCUAACGUUGCAGAGAUCGAGGGUGACCCGGUUCUUCUUAAGUCUGAUGGGUUCCCCACAUACCACUUUGCAAAUGUUGUUGAUGACCACUACAUGGAGGUCACUCAUGUUCUUCGUGGUGAUGAGUGGCGAGCUUCCACUCCAAAACACUUGCUCCUGUACAAAGCAUUUGGAUGGCAUCCUCCACAGUUUGGUCAUCUUCCACUUAUCUUGAAUAAAGAUGGAACAAAGCUUUCUAAAAGACAAGGUGACAUCCAUGUAGAACAUUUUAGGAACAGUAGAUACCUCCCAGAAGCCGUGGUCAGCUAUGUGACAACUGUUGGAAGUGGUUUUGGUGUAGACACAUCUAGCAUGACUCUAGAACAACUAGUGCAACAAUUCAAGCUAGAAAAAGUGAGACGAAAUAACAGCCGUUUGGACCCAUUGUUUCUUGAGGAGUCAAAUAAAGCCCAUCUCAAGAGACUGCUGCAUUCAUCAAAGAGAAAUGACUUGGUUUCUUCUCUUCACAGUAUUGUUGCAGAAGCUUAUACAAAUAGGUUAGACAGGUUACAUCAGGACGCCUUGAGCGUGGAGUAUCUUAUGCGCAUACUGGACUGGAGCAUGACAGAGGACAGGAUUUGCAAGCUGACAGAUUUGUUGCUGCCCAGCUUUGCUUUCCUGUGGGAGAUACCCCAACAUAGCUUGCUGCAGUCUUUGCAGGCACAACAUCCUCAUAUUGUACAGGCUCUGGGCUUAUGUACACAGAGGCUCCAAGAAAUUCCAGAUUUUGAAAAAGACACGGUGUCUCAAGUGUUAAAGAGAAGUGCCAAAGAGUCUCAGAUCAAAUUUAAUGUUUAUAUGCUUCUAUUGCGGCAGGUUCUGAGCGGCCUGAAGGAGGGACCCCCUGUUGCAGAAAUGAUGACACUACUGGGCAGACAAAAUACACUGCGGCGCAUUGAGUAUUCCAUCAAACUCAUGACGUCUUGUCAAGCUGUACCUUUUGCGGUGUAAAGUCUUCAGAACUCUAUGGUUCAUUAUCCUUAUAAUUCAUUAACUAAUGCUGCACAGAGUUGAAAGCUGUUGUACAAGAACACGUGUGAGACCAAAAAAGGCUUUUUUUUUGUCAGAAUCACAGUAUCCAUUCUGGGUUUCAGUCCUAGAUCUUACCUUUGUUCCCUUGUAAACUGGAGAUAGUCAUUUUUUAAAACAAAUAUAAAUAAAAAGGACAAGUGGAUGUAAGUCAAAA